CUCUAUUUUGUCAGACAUUCAGUUUGUCAGCAGCUCUGCUCACACAGAUUACACAGACGGAUAUCUACAGUAACAAGAUUCUUUUUUUUUUCGACCAAACUAAUGACAGUAUGAAGAUGAUCCUUCACCUUUACCUUUACACCACGUUACUUUUCUUCCUUUGCUCAGGUCUUUCAGUUGAACAGUGCAAUAUAAAGGUCCAACAGCCCCAGAGUCUGUAUGGGAGGAUCAACCAAUCUAUUUCCAUCUCCUGUCAAUUCAGUAUGACUUGCAGUUCAAACAAGCAUGACGUGCAAUGGUAUGUGUUCAGGACAAACUCCUCUCAUCAACUGGAUAUAAAGCCAAUAAAGUAUAGAUUGGAUGGUGCAGACCUACACAUCAAUGGACUCUCACAAAGUGAUGAUGGAGUGUAUUACUGCGCCGUGUCUGACAAGAAUUUAGUAAACAGUGGUGCACAGGCUAUUGGGACUGGCACAACACUGACAGUAAAAGAGAAUGGAUAUAAUGCUGGGCAAGUUCUGCUGAUCAUACUGGUGGUCUUCCUGUCCCUCUAUAGUUUAAUAAUCUUGACUCUUUUCAUCGGCAUAAAGAUUGGACGAGUCCCGCUGUUAAAAAAAAGAGAAGGCCACAGUCAGUACAAGGGUGACUCGACCAAGAGAGUCAAUUUCGGAGCUGUAGUGCAAGAAAUGUGCAACAAGAGGAACUUUCAAAGAAACAAGAAAAAAAGAUCCACUGAUGUUUUACAGGAAAACAAGGUUGAAAAUCCAAAGUCCCGCACUAAGAAGGAAGACAUAUACCAAAACCUGAAAAGGGCUCAAUAAAACUAUACUACACAAAGAACAACAAAUCAAGACAGAAGUGACAAAAAGAGGAACAUUCAACUUGGAAAACAGCUGUUGCACCUUUGUCUUAAUAUAUACUGAUAUAAAGCCAAAAUGAGAAAAUAUUUAAUAAAAAGUGAACUGGAACUUCUACUAUUUUCACAGAUUUCAGUUGUGGUGAUGACGAUGAUGUUCUAUUUUUCACAUCCACAUAAUGCAUCAAAACCUGUUAAAUACAUCCAGUUAUUUGUUUAACAUGAUAAAACAAAAAGUUUUUUUUUCUUUUUAAUAAUUUGUAUUAAUCUGUUUUGUGGAUCUCUUGAAUUAAACUGGGUAAAAAGAAA